AGAAACUAAUUAGGUCAUGAAUUAUUCAUGAGGGUUUAGAAGGAGGCUUUGAGGCAGAACAGGAAGGGUUGCACCAUGUCGGACCGGGAGAGUGGUGAUGAACAACAAGAACAGCAAGGACAGGGCUCUGGUGAGCAGGAGUUGGCAACAAAAACUUUGCAGAUUCAGUCAAAAAGAUUCUAUUUAGAUGUCAAACAAAACAGACGUGGAAGAUUUAUCAAAAUAGCAGAAGUGGGCGCAGGAGGGAAGAAAAGUCGCCUCCUGUUGGCAAUGUCUACUGCCGCAGAAUUCAGGGAUUAUCUUACAGAUUUUAGUGAACAUUACGCAUCACUUGGUCCUCCUAACCCAGAUAAUUUACCUGAAGACGGUAAACUGAAAAGUGAAACCAUGAUUAAAGACAAUAGACGUUACUAUCUUGACCUCAAGGAAAAUCAGCGAGGGAGAUUCUUGAGGGUAGCACAGACUCGUCCACGAGGUGGACCUCGCUCACAAAUAGCCAUUCCUGCACAAGGAAUGAUUGAGUUUCGAGAUGCUUUAACAGAUUUGUUAGAUGAGUUUGGUACGGACGACCACGGUGAGUCAGAUGAAGGACAGAGUGAAUUACCAGAAAGCAAGUACCUAAGGGUUGAAAACAAAGUCUUCUAUUUUGAUGUCGGCUCUAACAGACGUGGGGUUUACCUGAGAGUAUCGGAGGUACGAUCUAACUAUCGCACUGCCGUCACCAUUCCAGAGAGGUCUUGGGGCAGGUUUCGUGACAUGUUGUCAGAAUUCGUUGAAGGUUCCACUCAGACAGGAACUGUAGCUGAGGCUCCAAAAGAGGUGAAAGAGACGAAAUAAAGAUGGCUACCUAUCUGACAGAGGGAAUGUGCAACGUCGGGGGUCUGGUCCAUAUGUUUUGUAAAAAGUGCACUUGGUGUUGCGUUAUGUGAAAUUUUAUCAGUAAUUGAUUGUCCUUGAGGAGAAUUUUUAGCUGUUUUUUGAUUGAUUAUAGUUGUAAGGAUUAAUGGUGUGUUUUUUCAUUUAUGGUCAGAAUCACAAGAAAUGUUGUCUCUAUUCAUUCUAUUACCCUUAUUGACAUUUUUUGUGGGAUUUUAAAUUAUCUAUGAAAAUUAAAAUUCCCUAGCACAGUAUUUUUACGAGGCACAUUUCCUUUGCCAUAUUGACAGCAAAAGACAUUUGACAACGCUGAUGUCUAAUGGCAUAGGGAAAGAUCGUAUAUUUGUGGAAAGUUUCUUACUGAAUGUACUGUAGUUUGUAUAAUGGUGUAGGUUCAAGGUUUUAAGCUACUCUGGAUAAAGGCAAAUAUGAUAUGAUUGUGUGUUAAUGUACUUGUAUUGUUAGAUGAAUUUAUAAUAGAUAAAAGAAAACGAACAGUUGCAUAAAAUGACGAGCUGUCCAGGACUGACUGGAUAUGGUUCAUUUGUCUCCGUGUUAUACAAAGUUGGACAUGCAGCUGGUUCCGUUAUCGUUCACACAUUUACAUCAUCCUUGCCGUUAGUGACCGUUACGCACCGAGAUUGGAAUUUACGACUGAAAUAAACUGUGAUAAUUUAUAUCUGACAUUAACAAUAUAUCAUUGAAAAAAUUUAUUCUCAACAAAUUAUAUUUCAUACUGUUUAAUUAAUGUUGAAUAAUUUUUUUCUGAGUGUUGAAAUAUCUUAAUUACAGCAUUACUGUACAUACAUAGCCUCCAUUUAUAUUUGCCUUUUGUGGUGUUAGGGAGUAAUUUCGUUAAACAUUGUUUAUUUAGUUGCAUUUCAUCAAACAUUAAAAACAAAAUAACAAUCAAACAAUUCAUAACUAAAUAAAGUUUUGCAAGACUAACAGACAUCUUGUGUAUGGUAAAAUGAUAAGGCAGGUGAUAUUUUGAAGGUGAUUAAUGCCAAAAUAGUUCUAUGUACAAUGCUGUGGUUUCAGGAAAAUGUACAAAUUUUGUUUCAUAUAAUGUUACCUUUUUUUCACUUUGUCACCAUAAGAACAAAAAAAAAAGUUUAUUCUAAUAUCAAUUUGAUUGAAAGGUAUUAAAACAUUAUUUUUAGAUAUCUGACCAUCAUGACCAUGCUUGCAUUUACUUCAGAUCUGUAAAUUAAUGCCUCUUUGAAACUAAAGGGAUUCCAAUGUCAAAAGGAAAACAAAUCCAUAGAAAAUAGAGGCACAGGGUCAAACAACCUUUUUGUUGUGGUUGACAAAGUGUUAAAAAAAAGUGUACAUUAUGUUAUUAUUAUAAGGCCAAUCAGUAUAAGGAAAAGUGUUAUAAUUUAUAUACCUUCAACUGUGAUAAAAUUGUACAAAUUGUUGUCGGUGAUGAGAUUCUUUAUUUAAUCUUGUUUAUGUUGACCUUGGAGCAUGCUUGGUAUAAAGGACAUUGUGAAAUAAAUGCUUCAUUUUCCUGUCUAGUUUAAAAUCUUGAGGAAAAUCUAUUGGCAUUUUUGUGAUGGAAGUUCUUUCUUCGUAUGCUUUCAAAGUUAUCAUAAAUGAGUCAAUUCUUGACCUAAUAUCUUGUUAAAGUUUUUUUGUUAUAUAUCUCAAAUUAUUGGUAUUUAAAAAAGUUUAUUUUACAUAAUACACAACUUAAUGUGAUACUUCAUUACUUAUUUUUUUAAAGUAAUACUGCAUUUUCUGAUGGAAAAAAGUUGAUGAAUGUGGAAUAACAAAAACUGUUCCUUUACUCCAAUAAAGGAGUAGAGAAUUGGAACAAACUAAACUUCUCUAAAAAGAAGAUAUAAAAGUGAAAUUUUAUGUUUUAGAGAGUCUCUUCUACCUUUUCAUAAUAUAUAAAGAUCAAAAGUAUAAUAGUAUCCCUUCCUUAUUUAAAAUUACUCAAACUGCUUAAAACCUUGUUAGCUAUACUCAUAUUUUGUUUUGUUUUUUAAACAUUUCUGUUGAACUUUGGCCUGAAGUUUGUUUCAUAACAGAUAAAGCUUUGCAAUCAUGACCUUUAAUAUUUUGGUAAAAUUAUUUUAUAUCAUGCUUUCGUCUUAACAUUAACUUAAGAAAUUGGAAUGAGAAAUUUAAUAUGUAUAGGAUAAAUAUUGAUUAUCCGUACCUGAUUGCAAAGUGUUUUUUUCUGUAUUGAGGCACCAUUUACCUUCAACUAUAGCUCACUUUUAGAAUUUGAAACCUAAAACAUUUUUGUAGUUCAAGUGAGAAAUUGUAUUUUAUUUACCAGAAACAUUUCUGUUCUUUUUGGAAGUUUUUCUGUUGGUUUUGUUAAACUACUUGUUAUUCAAUGGAAAUUUGUAUAGCACACCAAAAAGUAGUCUUGCACACAUUUGCAGUACACUUGUUGAGUCAAUAGUUUUGGUUUCAGUUAAUUUCUUGUUAUUCUGUUUGUUUUUUCUGUUUAUAGUUGAACUCUUACCUCAUGUUUUUAAGUUUAUUGAAAAUCGGCCAUUAAUCUGAAAUUGACUUUUCAACAGUAGUGUAGUUUUCAGUACUGUGGCUCUGUAACCAAGUGCUGUAUGUUCUUGCAAAAACCAUGUUUAAGUUGUCUGUCUAUAUUUUAUCAUUUUGUUUUUUCUUCAUGUUCAGUUUUUACAUACAAAUUAAUAAUGUAUUUUUCGAAAAUUCAAAACAGACCACACUCAUAUAGAUUGUAAAGUGUUUGCAUAGUUUUAUUUUUAACCAUUUAGUUAGUUUAUCAAGAACAAAGAAAAUGGAUUUGAAAAAAAAUAUUGAAAUUGUAUAUCUAAAGUAUGCCUUCAGAAAAAUAAAACAUGUUAUUUGUUAUAUAAAAUGUGAUGGAAAUUUUUGUACCCCAGCUAUAUUCACAUAUUGAAACAAGAUAAGGUGAAGACAUUUAACUAUAAGUUUCAGUUCAACGGUAGGAAUAAUUGAAAAAGUAACAACAGAAUUUUAGUGUAUGGAGAUAAAUCAAAAUAUUCGUGCAUUGAGUAAUAACUUAUUGUUUUAUACAUGGAGAUGACUUUUUCUGAAAUUGAAUGUUGUUAAAACAUGAAAUUUUUUAAAUAUGUGUUUAGAAAUUUUUUGAAACUGAAGAUCAUGAGCGAAACUUUUAUUUAAACCUUGACCUUAUCUUAACUGAUUUAAUGAUAUCAUUGUUCAAGAUUAGUUUGUUGAUAAUGUUAAAAUUGUACAUUUCACUUGUAAUUUUUCAUUCUUAUUGUUGUUAGGCCGGGGUACCUUGUUUUAACAAUAUACAUAUAUAUAUAUUAUGGUUUAAUUUUAUUGGCUAUUUGGUUGCUAUGUAAACGAUAGAAGUGCUAUGUUUAUUUUUUUAUAUUACUAAGAUUUCUAGAUAUUCAAGGAUUUUUUACCCUGCUUAAUACAAGACUGAUAUUUUUUCCUUAAAUAAAUUGUUCAUAUUUUAAAAGCAUUGACACAGAAAUAAUUUUUAAUUUUUUUUUUUUAAUUUUGAUCCUUUGGAAUAUGUUGAUUGGCUUGCUACUUGUUAAAUUGAAAAUUCAUAUUGUGAAUGAAAAAAUUAAACUUGAAGAAAGGGUAAGUAUUUCUUGGAUAACUGGAUAUUUUAGUUUUAUAUGCACAGGGAGGCUUGGUAUAGAACGAGCAAGGAGGACUCUAAUGAAAAUUAACUCUAAUUGACAGGAUUAGUCAAUUUGAGAGGUAUAUCACCAGAUUGAAAGGUCAAACUGAUGAUAUUAUUAUUUUAUUAUUAUGAUGUUUUACAGCCUUUUGUUAAAUUUUUGUUAUUGAAAAGAUAUAUUUAUAUUUAAUAACGGUUAUAAUAAUUUUGGGCAACUGCAAUUUUAUCAAACCUUGAAAAUUAUAAAGCAAAUUUUAACAUUGAUCUAGAUACGGUGUAGUGUUGAUGUUUGUCUAAAGAGCUUGGUAGUUUACAAGAUGUCAAAAUUUGCUUUAGAUUUUCACAAUGCUGUUAUAUUCAAGCCACCCUUCAUCACUGUAAAAAGGUAUAUUUAUAUUUAAUUUUUUCAUAUCAAGAGAGAAAUUGGAUGUGCAUGCUUUUUAUGAAGUACUGGUUUGCCUGAUCACUGUAUCACAGGGUUAUAUAAUAUAGUUAUAAUUAUACUUUUGUUUGAAAUGAGAUCAGUUAUUAACUUUAGGUAAUGUAGCUUAUGUUAAAUCUAAUAUGGUAAAAAAAUAAUUAGAUAUAAAGUUCAAGGUUGUUAUAAAAUCAAGUAUAAAAAAAAAUUGUUUUGACAUCAACAUUUAAAAUAAAAGUUUUGAUUUGAAAUGGUUAUGAUGUAUUGAAAAACCUGUUGAUACUGUUAAAAUAUGUAUGCGCACUAAGAAAAUAUUGGCAACUAAUAUUGGCACCUAUACUUGCCGUGCAUAGUAUUAAAGAUAAAUGUGCAAUAAUGAUAUAGAAUUCAUGCACAAAAUUAUUUUUAACAUGUGCACAGAUUCAGAAUUUCAUAUAAAAACAGAAUUAAUUGUACUUGUUUGUGAAUUAUAAUCUACUAAUUGAUUGUUAAGUCAUUUUACUGUUUUAUUUUGUUGAGGAAGCCCUAAUCAGUUUUUAUGUUUACCAGUACUUUGUUGUUAAACUUCACUUGUUUUAUUGUCUCAAGGAAUUGUUACUUUGUUAUGUAAAACAACGGCAUAUUAUGAAAUAUAGAUUCAAUCUUUA